AUGCAACUAAGAAAAUGCGAGAUCUUCAUUUGGAGCUUGCCAACAACAGACUGUUUCGAUGUACUGAGGUUUAAGCGCCAUUUGGAGGGAUAUGAUCACUUCCAGCAGUUGAUUCAGAAAGCUGGCUUUCCCGCCUGUCCCUGUGCAGACCGAGAGCGGUUGAAGCAGAACUUCAACAGCGCAACUGGUGCACGGAUGACACUGGACCACUUCACUCUGGCGUUGCAAAAAGCCGAAGCCUAG